CCUCACUUCCUCCCUCUCGUCAACUGGGCUUCCUGUUGUCACAGUGUGAGCACAUUUAUUUUCCCUUCACUUCUCCUUUUACACAAAUAGCCCCGGACAUCCGUGUUACCAGCCUCGUUGUGACCACCUCAAAGAUAAUCACCGAUCUUGCCUAAAGGACUGAGGAAGAGUGCCUGCGAAAGAGUAAGAAUAUCCCAGCAUGGGCAUGAGUGGCUUGAAAUUGCUGAAGUACGUUCUGUUUUUCUUCAACUUGCUCUUUUGGUUCUGUGGUUGCGGCAUUUUGGGCUUUGGGAUCUACCUCCUGAUCCACAACAAUUUCAACCUGCUCCCCUCCCUCACACUGGGCAAUGUGCUUAUCAUCGUGGGCUCCAUUAUCAUGGUGGUUGCCUUUCUGGGCUGCAUGGGCUCCAUCAAGGAGAACAAGUGCCUGCUUAUGUCGUUCUUUAUCCUGCUGCUGAUUAUCCUCCUUGCUGAGGUGACCUUGGCCAUCCUGCUCUUCGUGUAUGAACAGAAGUUGAAUAAUUAUGUGUCUGAGAGCCUGACUGACAGCAUUCAGCGAUACCACACGGACAACAGCACCAAGGCAGCAUGGGAUUCCAUCCAGUCAUUUCUGCAAUGUUGUGGUAUAAAUGGCACAAAUGAUUGGGCCGGUCACCCACCAGCAUCUUGCCCCUCGGAUCCACAAGUUCAGGGUUGCUAUGCGAAAGCAAAACUGUGGUUUCACUCCAACUUCCUGCACAUUGGAAUCAUCACUAUCUGUGUUUGUGUGAUCCAGGUGUUGGGGAUGUCCUUUGCGCUGACCUUGAACUGCCAGAUUGAUAAAACCAGCCAGUCCCUAGGGCUGUGACAUGAUACUGCCUUAUGCUGGAAAGGCUUAUUUCAUCUCUGGAAAACCAAAAUCAGUUAUUAGCAAGAAGCCCUAAAUGAUCACCUCUUGGCCUGGUGUCUUUGUCCCCCUCUCAUCUUUUCCCUGUUUUUGUCCCUGGAUCAUAGAAACAGAAAAGAGGGUAUUAGCCAGGCAUUUCCCAUCUCAGGCACCAGAACAAUGAUUCACCCACUCAUGGGGCAGCUCUGUCCCUCAAGGAGGUGACACUAAUAUCUGAGUGUUUUUUGGACAUGAGAAGCCAAGAGAACCUGCAGCACUAAUAGUUCAAGGUCAAAGGAUGGGUCUGGGACUUGAAUUUUUGCAUCUUCUUAUUGUCAAAUAAGGCUCUAGCCUCUAAAUCAUGUCCAAUCCACUCUCCAAAGCCAAGCAAAAGACAAGCUGAAGGGAGCUCUGGGACAAGACUCAUUGUCACAACCCUCCGCUUCCUUUUGGCUGGGCCUGGUCCUUGACUACAGGAAUGACAGAGUACUCUUUCUCCAAAGGGUAAGGUUUCUUGCAACUUCCUUAUUAAAGGGCCUUGAUUCAUUCUGUCUUUCCAGAAGAAACUGUCCAGUGAUUCAUAUCCUGACUUCAGCCAAUCUCUUAGCCUUUGAGUUACAUAGCUAUGGAAGAACUCAGCAGGACCAGUAUCUCUGGUGGUUUAGCUAAUAAUCACAUUUGUAAGAGUUUUGGUGUUAUUUUUCUAUCAAAUAAGGUUUUGUUUAUGUACUAUUUUAUCUCUUCAAUAAAUAAAAUAGCUUAUGAUCUCAA